UUUUGGACCUGAACUCGCUACAACAUCGUACCUGUGACAUUGGGUUGAGGAUCAUUUGCAUCUUAAAACACAGCAAAGUAUUCCAGACGGCCAUCUCUUUCUUUUCCCAGUGAAGUUAAUUCUUACGCAGCACCGCUUUCAUCCCCAGUCAAUCAAUUCGUCAUAAACAUCGUAUUUGCAAUAAAAACGAAAGAACGAGCAACAUGUCAUCAAUACUAAGUUUCGGAAGUGGUACUUGGGAUUGUUGUAACUGCUCCUGUUCCUGUUGCGAUGGCGACAACGGAAGCAUUGCAACCGGUGGAGGAGGAAAUAGUGGAGCAGACGUAGGUUGGAUAGAUUUGGGGGGAGACUCAGGUGAUGGUUCGAGAAAUGAGGAACGGGAGAGAAGAAGACGGGAAGAGCAGCAACGGAAGCAAAAUCAACAGCAACCACAGCAGGAGCAGAUGAGUUAUGUGGCAUCGAAUGAUCAUCGAGAUGAUCUCAAGAGAGAAAUCUGAUGUGUAAGCGCAUUUCGUUAGAAAGGGCAAAAUGGCAGAGCAUGCAAGCUGUGGAUAGAAAUAGACGGAGAAUAAGCAGAUACACU